GGUGCCGGGAGAGAAGAACAAGUGAAGGAGAAUGGAGGGUGAAAUUUAGCAAGAGGAAGAAUGGGGGAGCUGGAAUUGAGGGGCGAAACUUUUCAAGGUUGAUUCCGGCAGCGGAGGCAUCAUUUCCGCUGACUUUUGUGACGGAAAGGAGUCGAUGAUAUUGGCCAUGUUGAUCUACAGGAGCAAAGGUUCAAGUCUCCCCAUUGAUGAAGAUUGGCUUGAAUUGUAAUCCUGCCCACCAAAGUGUUUUCAGUCUACACCAGCACUACGUAACCAUCACACUUGAUGGGACUACUCUCUACGUUUUUGUCCAAGUCUCUGAAUGGCAUCUGGACUAUGACUGAGUGCUGAGGGACUGCACCCAGUGCCUCUUGUCAAGUGGAGGCCCAUCCCUUAAAGAGUACUCCCUAUCCUGGAGACCUUUGGGUAUGCCUAGAGUGGUAUGUCACCGUGGAAGACAGCAAGCUGAAGACUUAUUAGCUGGAUAAUCAUCCCUGAUCCAGGUGUAGCAGGGUGGCUCUGCUCUGGCUGGAAGAAGCAGCUUUUGUGUUGCCAGCAGAGAAAGGGCAGAGGGGAGAGUUUCAAAAGGCAAGCGGCUCCCGGAGCUCAAUUCAUAGUUCUAGAUGUGAAUCAAUCCCAUGAUGCAACAUGUCUCCCCAGCGCCAGCUCUGACAAUGAUGGCCACACAGACUGUGCCCCCUCCCCCUUAUCAAGAGACCCAGCAGAUGACGGCCACAGCGCAGCAGCCGGCGAAAGCACAGCCCGUCCACAUCACCACUCCCUCGGCAGCAGGCAACACUCCUAUCCCCAACACUCCCAUCGACCCUCAGGCACAGCUGGAGGCUGACAAGCGGGCUGUCUACAGGCAUCCUCUCUUCCCCCUCCUGACGCUGCUGUUUGAGAAGUGCGAGCAGGCGACGCAGGGAUCGGAGUGCAUCACUUCUGCCAGCUUUGAUGUCGACAUUGAGAAUUUUGUACGCCAGCAGGAGCAGGAGCACAAACCAUUCUUCAGUGAUGACCCUGAGCUGGACAACCUGAUGGUGAAAGCCAUUCAGGUCUUGAGAAUUCAUCUACUGGAGUUGGAAAAGGUGAAUGAAUUGUGCAAGGACUUUUGUAACCGUUACAUCACCUGCCUCAAAACUAAGAUGCACAGCGACAACCUACUCAGGAAUGACCUUGGGGGGCCCUACUCCCCGAACCAGUCCUCCCUAAACCUACACACACAGGAUUUGCUGCAGAAUUCUCCUAACUCAAUGACUGCCGUAUCCGGCAACACCCAAGGCAUCGUGGUACCCGCGUCAGCACUGCAGCAGGGGAAUAUCUCCAUGACAACAGUCAACUCACAAGUUGUGUCAGGUGGAGCCCUUUACCAGCCUGUAACGAUGGUAACGUCUCAGGGCCAGGUGGUAACCCAAGCAAUCCCACAGGGAGCCAUUCAGAUCCAGAACACACAGGUUAACCUGGACCUGACCUCUCUUCUUGACAGCGAAGAUAAAAAGUCAAAGAACAAACGGGGAGUCCUGCCUAAGCAUGCUACGAAUAUCAUGCGCUCCUGGCUCUUUCAGCAUCUUAUGCACCCUUACCCGACAGAGGACGAGAAAAGACAGAUAGCGGCACAGACAAACCUGACGCUCCUGCAGGUCAACAACUGGUUUAUCAAUGCCCGGCGACGCAUCCUGCAGCCCAUGCUUGACGCGAGCAAUCCAGAUCCAGCCCCCAAAGCCAAGAAGAUCAAGUCCCAGCACCGGCCCACGCAGAGAUUCUGGCCCAACUCGAUUGCAGCCGGAGUGCUGCAGCAGCAAGGAGGCAAUCCUGGGACUAAUCCCGACGGCUCCAUCAAUAUGGACAACCUGCAGUCUCUCUCUUCUGAUAAUGCUACCAUUGCUAUGCAGCAGGCCAUGAUGGCAGCUCAUGACGACUCACUCGAUGGGACAGAAGAUGAAGAGGAUGAUGAGAUGGAGGAGGAAGAGGAGGAAGAGGAAGAAGAGGAGGAACUGGAGGAGGACACCGAGGAACUCCAGACUACAAAUGUUAGCGACCUUGGCUUGGAGCACAGUGACUCACUUGAGUAGCAAACUGUGGUCAAUGGUGGAGCAGAUGCCUCCCAAGAAGCCGUUUCUCCUGCUUGCCUAAGUCAUUGGCCCAAGGAAUUGUAGAGAGAGUCUGAACUUUAACAUACAAGCCCCACAUCCCUUGAAAGAUGUAAUUCAACAACACCCUUACCAAGUGUCCUGCUUACCUGCGGUCCGUUGCAGGAAUGGACGUGAAUGCACAUUUCAGAGACCUGUCGAAUGUGCAAGCUGAUUAUUUAAGUGAAGGACACACGUUUACAAGGCACAUAUUGUGGCCAGUUUUUUUUUUCCUUUGUUUUUGAUAACAACAAAAAGUGUUUUUAGGGUAAGCUGUUUUCUGUAUGACUGAAUGUUUUAUGGAUGUCCUAAUGCAAUGCCUUUUUGUGACAUGCAA